AGUUUAGAAGUGGCCAGUUGCCAGGCUGCACAAGGGGUGACAAAUCAAUUAAAUAGUUUCAAUUUUAAACUUAGAAGUGAUGGAAGAGUGAAAUACACACAAAUAAUUAGUAAAUGAGAUCUCUUUUUUUAAAGGUUUCGAGAGUUUACAGUGUCUCCAACAGGACUCCAAGGCACUCCACAACUGCUGACCCCGAUAACAAAACUUCCACCGGAGAGCCCAUAUCCGCCAUCGCUUCUGCUGAAAAAGCUGGCUCAGACAUGGUCUUUAGGAGAUUUUUUGGUAUGAUGAUUGGCUGCCUCGGAUUAAGUGAUCAGCCUACACUGCCAUCUCCUUCUGAGGCUGCUGAAACACAGCCAUUAGAUCUAGCUGAAGUAAACAAAUCACCAAGAAUCAGGCUGAGUGAUGGAAGAUACUUGGCUUACAGAGAAGUAGGAGUCCCCAAGGAUAAGUCCAAUUUUAGAGUAAUUUGUGUUCAUGGCUUUGGCAGCUCCAAAGAAAUGAACUUUUUAGCACCCGAGGAACUAAUGGAUGAGUUGGGAAUAUAUUUCCUCUUAUUUGAUCGAGCUGGAUAUGGGGAGAGUGAUCCAAAUCCAAAACGCUCAGUAAAAAGUGAAGCAUCUGACAUUGAGGAACUAGCUGAUCAGCUAGAACUAGGACCCAAAUUCUACGUAGUGGGAGUUUCUUUGGGUUGUUAUCCUGUCUGGAGUUGCCUCAAACGUCUACCACAUAGGCUAGCAGGUUCUGCGCUCAUAGUCCCUAUGAUCAAUUACAAGUGGCGCACUCUUCCAAAAGAUCUGGUAAAGGAUGACUACCGGAAGAACCUUUGCCGAUGGAUUAUCUGGCUUUUACGCCAUACUCCUGGGCUGCUACAUUGGUGGUUGACUCAAAAAGUUUUCCCCUCAUCCAACGUUCUUGAUAAAAACCCUGCAUUCUUUAGCUCGAAAGACCUAGAAUUCUUGAGUAACACUAAAGGAUACCAGUUAUUUGCUCAGAAUGGAUUUAAGGAUCGCCACACGUUUGAGUCCAUUCGCAAGGACUGCAUUGUGGCCUUUGGUAGGUGGGACUUUGAACCGAUGGAACUAACUAAUCCAUAUGCUGAAAAUGAAAGCUCUGUUCACAUCUGGCAAGGUUGCGAGGACAAGGUUGUGCCAGUUAAAUUGCAAAGGUAUGUUUCAGAAAGGCUACCCUGGAUUCGGUAUCACGAGGUUCCUGAUGGUGGGCAUAUGCUUGUGUAUGACAGUUCGGUAUGUGCAGCCAUCUUGAGGUCUCUUUUGCUUGGAGAAGAUCCUCCAGAAUACAAGCCUUAUUAGCCAAUCAAUUGUUGGCUUGUUCUUGUAAUCAAAUUGAUCAUUCUGUAAGUAAAUUGGAUCACAAAGUGACAUUUAUUUGUUUGAAGGAACUUCCAGUAAUGGCGGAUAUGUUUUCUAUAUUAAACUGUACAUAAGCUAACCAAGUCAAGGGAAAAGGAACGGGAGCUUGAAUUUCUUUUC